UUUCAGCAUUGGUCAAGAAAUAUCUACCAACAAGAUUUCAUUUUCUACAUUCCAAUGCUCCAUCUUUUGUUAUGCCAAAAAAUAUAAUCUUAUUCCUAUGGUAAGAAUAAGAAGAAUAAAAUUUUGGUAGUUGAGUAAAGAAAAAGUGAAAGUCACAAGAUUAUAUAAUAUAGGACGCUCAAUUUAGUUUUCAUCCCUUGUUGAUUCUUACUACAUCUUAGAUUUUUCUAUAUAUAUAUAUAUUUUUUUUUUCUUUUGGAAUAUGGUAGGAAGCAUUAUGGGAAUGAUGAGUAAUAACACAUGCUCAAAUGGGUCAUCUCAGAAUUGUAAUAAUAAUGGUUUAGAGGAUAAGCUUGAUGAGUUUAGGAGACUAAUUGGGAAGAGUAAUGGUGACCCUUUGAGAAUUGUGAGUGUUGGAGCUGGUGCUUGGGGAAGUGUUUUUGCAUCCCUUUUACAAGAUAGUUAUGGCCAAUUUAGAGACAAAGUACAAAUAAGGAUAUGGAGAAGAUCAGGUAGAGCAGUUGAUAGAUCAACAGCUGAACAUCUCUUUGAAGUUAUCAACUCAAGAGAAGAUGUUUUGAGGAGGUUGAUAAGACGUUGUGCUUAUCUUAAAUAUGUUGAGGCUAGGCUUGGUGAUAGGACACUUUUUGCUGAUGAGAUUCUUAAAGAUGGAUUUUGUUUGAACAUGAUUGAUACUCCUGUUUCUCCUUUGAAAGUUGUCACUAAUUUGCAAGAAGCUGUUUGGGAUGCUGAUAUUGUUGUUAAUGGUUUGCCUUCAACUGAGACUCGUGAGAUUUUUGAAGAGAUUAGUAAAUAUUGGAAGGAGAGGAUCACUGUUCCUAUAAUCAUUUCUUUGUCUAAAGGUAUUGAGGCUGCAUUGGAGCCUGUUCCUCAUAUUGUUACUCCCACAAAAAUGAUUCAUCAAGCAACUGGAGUGCCUGUGGAAAACAUACUUUAUCUUGGUGGUCCUAACAUUGCCUCAGAAAUCCACAACAAGGAGUAUGCCAAUGCUAGAAUAUGUGGAGCUGAGAAAUGGAGGAAACAUUUAGCAAAGUUUCUCAGACAACCACAUUUUAUUGUAUGGGACAAUAGUGACCUUGUCACCCAUGAGGUUAUGGGUGGCUUGAAAAAUGUCUAUGCAAUUGGAGCUGGAAUGGUAGCAUCCCUUACCAAUGAGAGUGCUACUAGCAAAUCUGUGUACUUUGCACACUGUACAUCAGAGAUGAUAUUCAUCACUCACUUGUUAACUGAAGAGCCUGAGAAACUUGCUGGACCAUUACUAGCUGACACUUACGUCACCUUGUUAAAAGGUCGUAACGCGUGGUACGGUCAGAUGUUAGCUAAGGGUGAGCUAAGCCCUGACAUGGGUGAUAGCAUUAGUGGCAAAGGAAUGAUUCAGGGAGUAUCUGCAGUGGAGGCAUUCUUUGAACUUUUGAGCCAAUCAAGCCUGAAUGUGUUGCAUCCUGAAGAAAAAAAACCUGUUGCUCCUGUUGAGCUCUGCCCUAUCUUGAAGACACUCUACAAAAUAUUGAUAUUAAGGGAACAAUCAACACAAGCUAUUCUAAAAGCUCUGAGGGAUGAAAAUCUGAACGAUCCGCGAGAACGUAUCGCAAUUGCACAAAGCCAUGCUUUCUACAGGCCUUCACUUCUUGGACAACAGUGAUUGUUUUCUCUUGGCAAAAACAAACGUGGAUGAUACAAAGGGAAACAUUAGUCAAAGGAACAUAAAUCAUAAUGUAUUAUUUUGUGAUGUGAUGGAUUUUUGUUUGUAUAUAUAUGUCAAAAUAUAAGUCUAAGCAUUUAGCCCAAUGAUUUUACAAAAACAUUACACUAGCCUGGUCCUAGAGUUACAGGAAGGAAUGGAACUUUCUAUUUUCCUUGGAAGUAAAAUAAAUGCUUAGUUUCUGAGCAAUAUAAGUUGGAGAAAAUUAUGGGAUUUAUGAACCGUUACACAGGAAAUUAUUUAUAAAGUUAAUUAUGUAUCAAAGCUGUGAGUUUCAGUUUUAA